AUGGACAAUUCAACCAACAAUCAGACAAAUAUAACCGACAAAGAUAUGCCUCAUAUAGAUGAAUCGGGUGUAAACUUUAAUGGAAAAAAUCAUGACACAAUACAACAUUUAAUAACUGGCAGUCAAUAUCAAGGAGUGUGGCAAAAAGCGCUUCAAUGUCCUGAUGGUUAUGGCACCUACACCUAUCCCGAUGGCAGUGUGUAUAAGGGAUAUUUUAAUCGUGGUCAUUUCAAUGGUUAUGGCACCCUACAUUUAGCUGAACCCUAUAAUUUUACUUUUAAGGGAACAUUUCUGAAUGGCAGCCUUCAGGACAUAGAAGAUAUGUGGUUCGACGAUGGUUUACAUGUAAAUGGAAAAUUUGAAAACUGGCAUGGUGAUUUUUCAUCUUGGAAAUAUUGUUGCAAACAUGAUCGACGUUAUGCUGUUGAACAAGCACAAGGUAUGCCACCAGUAGGUCCUUAUUCUUUUCUAACAUCCGUUCAACCUGCAAGGAAGGUGCCCACAAAUUAUUUUGAUGUCGAGGAGGGUCUCUACAAUCCCGGUACAGCGUUAACAAUAAAACGCCCUUUACCAUUCACUGAAAUGCAAGUGGUGGCUUGUAAAGAUGACAUCCGUUGGAUUAUGGAGAAUUGUCGCAAAGCCUCGAUAUUACCAAAAGAAAUUCCCCCCGGUGUUUGUCAACAAAUUAUUAACAACAAUUUGGAAAGUGAAAAACAAUUAGCUGAACAUGAUCCUUGUUGUAAUUAUGAAUCUGCCAAGGAGCGCAAACGAUAUUUUGCCAAGUUAUGCAAGGAGCAUAGGCCAGAAUCGCAUAACGAUACUUCAUGUGGCGUCAUGCGAUUUGAAUCGUUUUCUGAAGAUUCCAUGGGAAAUCGUUUGCCAGAAAGUUCUUCCACCUGUGGAGUAAAUAGUUUAUCUGACAAUAAUAUUUUCCUAGAUGUUCAGGAAUAUUUGGAAAUUGGUCGUCAGUAUGGCAAUAUGAAAUUGGGUCGCAAUUUAGAACGUGAAGCUGUAUGCUUGAUGUCAAGACCCCAGAGGAAAUCAACAAUACAAGAUGGCAAUGCAAAAUGA